CUUCAUCAACUGCCGAUAACUACUGAAUUGUGAAGGUCUUCGGUGAGGUUGAUACACUGAAAUCCAGGAUGGCCAUACAUGUGAUUUUGUUGCUAACACUUUUCACUGGGCUGUGUGUCGCUGAUUUGAAAGGUAAUCUUGCUCUUAAAGCAAGAGCAGUGCAGUCCUCCGUAUACUCAAAUGGAAAUGCUGAAAAUGCAGUAGAUGGAAACAGAGGCACCGAUUAUGGGAAGGGCUCAUGCACUCAUACUACAGCUGAGUUUAACCCAUGGUGGAGAGUUGACCUUGGAAACGUCUACAGCAUAAGCAAAGUUGUCAUCACUAAUCGUGGAGACUGUUGCAAAGAGCGACUUAAAGGAGCUCAGAUUCGCAUUGGUUACAACCUGGAGAACAAUGGAAAUAACAAUGAGCUGGCUGCAACUGUUCUCACUGUUCUUGAUGGCACAAAAACAUUUGAGUUUGAGCCUGUUAAUGGCAGAUAUGUCAACAUUUUCUUACCUGGGAAUGAUGAAAUCCUUACUUUGUGUGAAGUCGAGGUGUUUGCAGAAAAAGACAUACCACUGUACACUUGUGGUCCAAGAAAUAUCGCUUUUGGAGGCAAAGCUGCCCAGUCUACAACUUACCCUGAAGGAGCUGCUCAAAAUGCUAUCGAUGGCAAAAGGCAGUCCAUUCUCGCGCGUAGGUCAUGCAGCGUGACUAACGGGGACAAGGAUCCCUGGUGGAGAGUUGACUUGUUGGACGUCUACAGGGUAACCAGGGUCAUCAUCACUAAUCGCGGAGACUGUUGUGAAAAGAGGAUCGAGGGUAUUCAGAUCCGUAUCGGCAACAGCCUGGAGAAUAACGGCAACAAUAAUGAGCUGGCAGCAACUGUUGGGCCAAUCCCACUUGGAGACACAAAAACAUUUGAGUUUAAGCCUAUUAAGGGGCAAUACGUUAACCUUUUUCUGCCUGGGCGCAAUGAAUUUCUCACACUGUGUGAAGUUGAGGUAUAUGCAGUUUAAGUGGAACAAGAUGAUGUUACACCACAGUCCAGAAGGAAAUGAAUCAAACUACUGUUAAAAUCGAUGUCCUGUUUUUUGAGCAAUAGUAAUAUUGCACAUUUUCAUUUUACCUAUCCACCUUUUAGCCUUAAGAGCUAUUACAGUGCACAUUAAGUAAGGGUCUGAAAUGG